AUGAUUGACUUUGUCUUGUGCAUUCAUGUCGUUGUCACUGGGUCCACCACCCUCCACCACCACCCAACGUGCACCACCAUGUUGCAGCAAUCCAUCGGUCGUCGCGUGACCCAGUCUCCUGCCUUUCUACUCUCGAACGAGUCCAUGGAUACCGCGGCGGCGGCUCGUCCCAUCGACACACCUGCAGCCACACGCAUGGGAGCCUUCACGCAGCGCACAACGCAUCCAUCAACGACCACCGCCUUGCGGAAACCUACCAACCCCACCUCGAACGAACCACUCAUGCUGCAUUGCGUCGUGUAA